GGACCCCGUAAUUCUUGCCCGCGCGUUGGGGGGGAGAGAGAAAGAGGGAGAGACAGAGAGUAGGUGUGUUCUAUCUCUAACCUCUUCUCGUCCUUCUUGCUUCUCAGCCAUGGAAGCUUAUUGAAGCAGAAACGCACAAAGCAAAAUUGAAUCCCUCGACAUGCUUAUCCCUCAUCGCUAUCCUCUCCACAAGCUCUUCACUUCCAACAUUUUCAUGGCUUCCAAACCUUUCCUCAAGUUCUCACCUUUCACUGUACUCCCCACAACCCCUUCUUCCCAAACCCACCUCUUCCACACCAAAAGAUUCAUCUUCUCUACUUUUCCUUCUAAAUCCAUAUCAAAGAUUCACCCUUUCUCUCUUAAAAAUAAUGGGUUUUCCUCUGUUUCUGAUGCCAAUAUCCACACACCAGUUUCUCAACUUUAUGGGGUGACCCUAGAAGAGAAUGGUAUUGACUUGGCUGAAAUGAAGGUUUUGAGGAGGAAAAUGGAGGAGCUUGGGAUUGAUAGCAAUCUCUGUAAACCAGGGCAGUACAACCACUUAAUUUGCCCAAUGUGCAAAGGUGGGGAUUCAGGGGAGAAGAGCUUAUCCCUUUUCAUCACCGCAAAUGGGAAUUCAGCUUUGUGGACCUGUUUUCGAGCAAAAUGUGGCUGGAGAGGCAAUACAGGGGCCUAUGUAAAUGGCAAUUCAACGUCCGGAAGGAUUGCUCAUAUCCCAAAAGUUAAGCAAACUAGAGAAAUCACCGAGAAAAGUUUGGAUUUGGAGCCACCUUGUAGUGAGCUAUGUGCAUACUUUGCUGAGCGAAUGAUAUCAGGGGAAACAUUGCGGAGAAAUGCUGUUAUGCAAAGAAGAUAUGGUGAUCAGAUUGUUAUUGCAUUUCCAUAUCGAAGGAAUGGUGAGCUUGUGAGCUGCAAGUACCGGGACAUCAACAAAAAGUUUUGGCAGGAAAAAGAUACUGAAAAGAUAUUCUAUGGACUGGAUGAUAUAAAGGAUUCCAAUGAUAUAAUCAUUGUUGAGGGUGAGAUGGACAAGCUUGCAAUGGAAGAAGCUGGCUUCCGAAACUGUGUGAGUGUCCCUGAUGGUGCUCCCGCAUCAGUUUCCAAAAAAGAGUUGCCAUCUGAAGAGCAGGACACAAAGUAUCAGUAUUUGUGGAACUGCAAAGAGUACCUAGAGAAGGCAUCUCGCAUCAUACUUGCAACUGAUGGGGAUCUGCCUGGUCAAGCCUUGGCUGAAGAACUUGCACGCCGCCUUGGAAGAGAAAGAUGCUGGCGAGUCAAAUGGCCAAAGAAGAAUGAUGUGGAUCAUUUCAAAGACGCAAAUGAGGUGCUCAUGUAUAUGGGACCCACAAUACUGAAGGAAGUCAUUGAAAGUGCUGAAUUAUAUCCUAUAAAAGGAUUGUUCAACUUCAGAGAUUACUUUGAUGAGAUUGAUGCAUACUAUUAUCGAACUCUUGGUUAUGAGCUUGGUGUCUCAACUGGAUGGAGGGGUCUGAAUGAAAUAUACAAUGUUGUGCCUGGAGAGUUGACUAUAGUAACUGGAGUUCCAAAUUCUGGUAAGAGCGAAUGGAUUGAUGCUCUUUUAAGCAAUCUUAAUGCUAGUGUUGGCUGGAAAUUUGCACUUUGCUCUAUGGAAAAUAAGGUUCGGGAACAUGCAAGGAAGCUUUUGGAGAAACACAUUAAAAAGCCCUUCUUUGAUGCAAGGUAUGGUGAAUCUGUUGAACGGAUGAGUGUUGAUGAGUUAGAGCAAGGAAAGAAAUGGUUGAGUGAUACAUUUUAUCUCAUAAGGUGUGAGAAUGACUGCCUUCCAAGUAUCAAUUGGGUCCUUGGGCUUGCAAAAGCAGCAGUUCUAAGACAUGGGGUGAACGGACUUGUGAUUGAUCCAUACAAUGAGCUUGAUCAUCAGCGUCCUCCAAGCCAGACUGAAACAGAGUAUGUGAGUCAGAUGCUAACUAAGGUCAAACGAUUUGCCCAACAUCACUCUUGUCAUGUUUGGUUUGUAGCACAUCCAAGACAGUUGCAUCAUUGGGUUGGGAGUCCUCCUAAUUUGUACGACAUCAGUGGAAGUGCACACUUCAUAAACAAAUGUGACAAUGGGAUUGUUAUUCAUCGGAAUAGGGAUCCAGAUGCUGGCCCCAUGGAUCAAGUGCAAGUUUGUGUGCGAAAGGUACGAAAUAAGGUUGCCGGUACCAUAGGUGACGCGUUCUUGUCAUAUAAUAGGGUAACGGGUGAAUUCAUGGACUUGAGUGAGACCUUGAGGAGACGGACAUAGGCAGGCAGUUCUCAAGGAAGACCGGUCUUGUAACUAAGCAGGCAGAUUGAGCAUUCUCGGUGCAAUUAACAUGAAGGAUUGGUUGUUUUCUAUGCCCUCCAACUGAAACAUUCACAUUCAAAAUCGUGUAAUGGUGGCAAAAAUGAUGGCAACAAUGAUAGAGUGGUUGCAUAACUACUUCUUUUGAUUAGACACUUUCUUAUAGCCAAAUGAGAUUAAAUUCUCAACUUUUGUAUAUCAUUAUUUUGUUUUUUUUUAUUUUAUUUUAUUUUAUUUUUGUUGUAAAUUGAUUUUAUUAGGCUUUGUAUAACUCGUAAAAAAAUUAUUGGGUUAAUCUUCAA